UGCGGAGGUAACACGGUUCUGCUGUAAGAUUAAUCUGCUCAUUUAUAUAACUGCAAACUACCUGUAACAGAACAGUGUUCUGCAGCAACUGUUCUGUGGUGGUGGAGAUGGAAAACUCUAGAUCUUCUGGAUCCAUACGAAUCACCUGUUAAAACCUGACAAAGAAGACUCUAGAAGAGGCAGUGGCUGCCACGCGCAGUAUUCAGCAAACAGAAAAUGUGUCUGGAACCAUUCUAGAAUGUUCCUGGAGUGUUCCAAAACUCUCAACCUUCAAACUGUUGCCUUUUUUUAGUUUUGGGGGAAAAUCAACACUAUCUUGGCUGGCAGCAAUUAACACUAACCUGCACAGCAUUUUAACCCCGUCUUCAGAUAUUCCCAAUCAAAAGAAACAACGUUCCCGGCCAAGAACACAGACCGAAAAAAAAAAAAAAAAACACAUUCACUUCACCAAACCCAUACAAUGGCCUGGCCUGUCCCGAUCCCGUCUCUAAAAGUCCUCCCCCCCACCUCGGACUCUGACAGCUGGUCCCGCUCCUCCACCCCCAGCUUCAAGCGCCGCCGCAGGGCUCCGCACCGGGACUGGGGGCUGAAAUCGAAGGCUGAACCAGUGAACCUGCUGCUGUCGCCCCCGGAGACCCUCCCUCCACCCCUGACCCUCCUCCAGCCCCCCUCUGUCGAGAUCAGCCCCUCGAGUGACGAGGAGGCCCUGCCCUGGUCCUCCUGCUCCACCCCCAGCGCCUCCCCGCGCCGACAGAGUUUCCUGCUCAGGAAGUGGCUGCAGCGGGACCGCAGGGACAGAGGCAGGGGGAGCGAUGACUGCAGUACGGCCAGCAACUCCCCACGCACUACCCCUACCGGCUCCCCGGCCCUGCGCAAACGCCUGCUCGCCUCGGGGCCCUCGUCUCGCUCCUGUGAGGGGGACGCCAUGGUGGAGAAGGGUUCAGACAGCUCCUCCGAGAAGGGCCCCGCCCAGUCCCCCAACUACCCGCCCGCCGCACGCAACUUCACACGCAAUGCCAAGAAAAUGCAAAGCUGGUACAAUGUCCUCAGCCCCACUUACAAGCAACGGAACGAAGACUUCAGGAAGAUUUUCAAGAAGCUGCCAGAGACCGAAAGGCUCAUAGUUGAUUACUCCUGUGCGCUCCAGAAGGACAUUCUGCUGCAAGGCCGCCUCUACCUCUCUGAGAACUGGAUCUGUUUCCAUAGCAACAUCUUCCGCUGGGAAACCACAAUCACCCUCCAGCUGAAGGACGUGAGCACUCUGACCAAGGAGAAGACAGCCAAGCUCAUUCCCAACGCCAUCCAGAUCUGCGCGGAGCAGGACAAGCACUUUUUCACCUCUUUCGGAGCGCGGGACCGGAGCUACAUGAUGAUUUUCCGGCUUUGGCAGAACGCACUCAUGGAGAAGCCGCUGUCCCCCAAGGAACUUUGGCACAUUGUCCACCAGUGCUACGGGACUGAGCUCGGACUGACCAGCGAGGACGAUGACUAUGUCUCUCCCACGGACCACAUCAACGGGAUCAUCCCCGGUGAUGACGUCGCAUCAGAGCUGCUGGACCUCCCCAAUGACCACUCCUCUCGCAACAGCCUGGACCUCAAACUGGACGCCAGCCCGCUAGUGGACCACCAACCCAACAAGUGCUGCCUGCCCUCGGUGGAGAGCAGCGACGGGGGACCUUCGUUCCUGGAGGAUCUAGAGCCUCAGUCUGAAAGCCAGCAGGACGACUCGUCCGCUCAGACGAUCACCCCGUUGUCGGAGAGAGCGAAGGCGGUUCUGGGGAACCUGUCGUCGCUGGACUUCGUGAACGAUGACGACAUACCCACUGACCUGAGCGACUCCUCGGACACGCAGGACGAAGCAGGGGAGGUGGAGUCCUUGUGUGCAGAUCUGAAAGGGCGGCUGCACAUCAAUGCCGUGUACCGGAUCAGCGUGGACAGGCUGUAUGAGCUCCUCUUCACAGACCCUCCCUUCCUGCAGGAUCUCUUCGAGCAGCGCAGAUUCACCGAUCUGGCGCUGAAUGAUUGGCAGCAGGACAACAGUGGCACCUCCAGCCGUGUGCUGUCCUACACCAUCGCCAUCAACAACCCCCUGGGACCAAAAACCGCCCCCGUUGUGGAGACGCAGACGUUGUAUAAGAGCAGUCAGAAGAAUGAGUGUUAUGUGGUGGACUCGGAGGUGAUCACUCACGGCAUUCCCUAUCAGGACUACUUCUACACCAUGCACCGCUACUGUCUGACCAGCGUCUCCCGCAACAAGAGUCGCCUCAGAGUGUCGUCCGAUAUCCGCUAUCGGAAGCAGCCCUGGAACCUGGUGAAGGUGCUGAUCGAGAAGAACACCUGGAGUGGCAUUGAGGAGCACUUCAGACACCUAGAGCUGGAGGUGUCGAAGGUAGAGGCCCUGUUGAAAGCGGACACGGUCGGCAGUGAGAAUCUCGGGAAACUACCGGCACUGCGACGCAGGAAACGCAACCUGAUCCGCAAGACCCACCUCGGGGAGGGGCUGGGAGCCAUCGGGGCGGACAAGGAGCGCACCAGCAGGGGGGGCCGUGGAGCAGGCUCUCCCUACAUGAAGCCUGGCAUCCGAAAUGGCAUCAAUAUAAUCCUGCUCAUUAUCAGCUUCAUGAUCUGUAUAAGUCUGGUGGUGCUGGUGGCUCUCAACGUACUCCUCUUCUACAAGCUGUGGUCCAUGGAGCGGGCAGCACACACCCUUGAGACCUGGCACUCCUACGCACUUUCAGACGGUAAGCUCCCUCAGACGGCCUCGGAGUGGGCACAGAUCCUGGAGCUGCAGAAGCAGUUCCACAAGGCUGAGGUCUGCAAGUGGAAGCAGAUCCUCAAAUCCUCCGUCGGGCUGCUGGACGAGAUGAAGUUUUCUCUGGAGAAGCUGAACAGAGGGAUCUUGACAGCAGAGACCCCGUUUGAAUCCGAGGGGAGCGGAGAGGAGCCUCUCUCCCAGUGAUCCGACUCCACGGAGCCACUAGAGACUUUGGAGCAACGUGCAAUUCCGUGGGCUUAAUAACCCCCGCCCCCCCCCAAAUACAUGGCAAAGCCCAGAGAUCAACUGCUGUAGUGCCAGAAGUAGAGGAUGAGGGGGAAAAAAACUGAGGAGUGGUGGAAUAUUUCAUGGAAUAGUUCCCACAGAUUUCGGAAAAUGAUGUGUUUCUUUUUUUUUUUUUUUUUUUUUACCACAGACGGUAUUAGUUCUG